AUGACGAAGAAGCAAUUGGUCCUCGCCUUUGUCCCUCAAAAGGCCGGCACUGAUCCUUCAAAACCGGACGAUCGCAAAUUUAUCAAUACACAUCUCAGUCGGCGCGCCGCUGACAGAAGGCGUCAGGGAAAGCCCAAGCUCACAAAGAGCGAGUCUUCGGUCUCAGAGGAUGCAAAGGCGCUAUCAAAGGCGCCAAAGCUCCAGAUCUCGAGGGUCGUACCGAAGUAUGUGGCCAGACCUUUAUCUGGCGAGCUGACAGAUCAGUCUGCCAACACACCGACCACCGACAGCAGCCCUGGUGUACUCACUGAUGCCAGCGGUGAUGGCUCGAAUGAGACCGAGGCGGCCAAGGACACGGUGAUGCCAACCGUGCCAAUCACAUCACACACGGAUGGCAAUUAUGAUCCAUUCGUGUCGACAUCGAUACCGAUCACGUCACAGGUUCAUGAACUUCUCGUCUUCAAUUCCAGCAUGUUCACGCCAUGGGCUAUAGGUAUCGAGAAGGGCGACGAUAAGCAUGGCAGCUUUGCAAACAAGUUCGCGCAGGCGUCGCAGCAGGCGAUGGCGGAGCCGGGAACAGGAUAUGCGAACCUUGCCCGCCUCGCUGUCGCCGCUGCUGCUGUGACAGGUAAUCCUCGCCUGGAGAUUCUGGCAGCGCGAUUCAAAAUGCUAGCGUAUGCAAGCCUUCGAGAGUCAAUGGCGGCUUCCGGAAGCAAUCCAAAUCUGGCAUUGCUGAAACAAGUCUUCUCCGUCGUGUCCAUGGAAAUGACUGCACGACAGGACGACAAUUCGGCUUUACAUACAAGAAACCUGGGCCAGCUCGCGCGAGGUUAUGGCCAAUCCGUGAUACUCGACAGAAGGACGCCGACCGAUCUUGACGUGCGAGACUUUCAUCGAUUCAACACCUCACCUUCGCACCAUGUUUGCUGCCAAACUGCGUCUAGAGUGCCUCGCUUUUGGCCAACGCCUCUACCCGACGGUUUCGAGGCCGCUAGCAUCAAUCCGCAUCUCCUCGGUCGCACUCGCGAGAUGCGCUUCAUCCACGAUCUCUGCCAGGCCCUGCAGUACGCUCCGCAAUUCCUUGACGACGCUCUCAUGGAAGCAUUUGGGUAUCGCGCCGCACUCAGCUGCUGCAAUCUCAUUGACAGCUACAACGAUGGGCUGGAUCAGAUCCGCGACUCGAAGAGUCCCACCGACGACCUCUACCAACUCUACUCGGAAUCAUCAAUCGGCAUCGUGGGUGCGUACGCCGUUCGUACCGUCACCAAUCACGAGCCUAUCGAUGUGGAGCGACGGGCGUACACGCAGCUGUACAAGAUCUACGGCACACACGGCCCUGUGCUCGCUCACCUUCGCGAGGCGUAUCAUUUCUGCAAAUCGUCAGAUGGUCUGGUUCGACACGCGCGGCUUUGGCUGUGGUUAUUGUGGGUAACCUCGCUUGCGGAGCGCGCGAGUAUUUUCCCUGAUGAUACUGCGGAGAGAGUCGUGGAGGGGUACUUCCACCAAGCGUUUGUAGGACAUGCCACUGUCACGAUGGGAUUGCGAGCGUGGGAGGAGAUUGAAGCCGUGACGGCGCGAUUUCUGCGGAUCCAGCCGCAUCGGGCUACGUCGAGGAUGUAUUUUGAGAUGGCGUUUCCGGCAGCGAAAGCGAGAUAG